AUGUUGUUUUUUCAGGCAUACAUAUCGCGUGCAUUUAUCAGAAGUUAUUCACUUCUUUCGGAAUCGAUGUUUAUUCAGCAGAACAGCAGCCGACUUUGUAGAGCAAUGUUUGAAAUUACGCUGAGACGUGGGUGGGCGCAGGCAGCGAAUGCAACUCUGGCAAUGGCGAAGUGCUUGGACCGGAAAGUUUGGCAGUUCCAGACACCUUUGCGACAGUUGGAGGAUCUUAUCCGUGCCGAAUGGAUAACAAAAAUCGAGCGUCGGAAGCUGUCACACUAUCAGCUGUAUGAAAUGUCUGCAAAAGAGCUUGGCUCGAUGCUGAGUUGUGAUGGUGAAAAAAUGUAUGAGGCGGUACGGAUGUUGCCAUUUAUGAAUGUCGAUGCAGCAAUUAAACCUAUCACAAAGUAUGGCUUUCUGCUUACUUUUUUUUUCCAUUUUAGAUCUUUGAUGCACCUUUGCACCACUGGUGCAAUUGGUGAUUUCUUCAUAAUUUUUGUGUCCGAAGCCGAAAUCUGCGGUUCUAGUUGUUGCUAA